AUGUCUUGGUCUAGACCUCCUUGGUCUCAGGGUUAUCCUUAUUCAGGCUUUCCUGGUCAGGGGUUUCAUGGUCAAGGGUUUCCUGGUCAAGGGUUUCCUAAUCAGGUUUUUCCUAGUCAGGUUCCUAGUCAGCCUUUCCCAGGUUUCUGGCCUUAUUGUGGACCAAUUACCACACCAGUUAUUGUUCCUCAGAGUACUACAUCUAAUCUGUCAGUUCCUGCUCCUCCUUUAGCAGUGUCAACUAUUGCUCCAGUACUUAAAGACUCUUCUCUUCCACCAGAGGUCAAGCCUUUUCUAUUACAGGUGGACAAGGCUUUGGUUGCCUCUCAGUUGUUGAUUAUGGGCUCUAUAGCCAACUGCACUUUAUCCAAAAGAGCUGAAAUUUUGGAUAAAGCAAAGGUUUCGGAUAAUCUUAAGGAUGCUUUAAUUAAGUCUCCUUUAGAUGAUAAGAUUUUCGGGUUGCCACUUAAUGAAGUACAGAAGCACCUCAAUCAAACCCCAGCUUCAGUGAAGGUGAAUGUAUCUCUUUCUGGAAAUAAUUCUAAACGAGGUAGUUAUUCUCCCGCUGGAGGCUCAUCUUAUAAUUCUCAAGAGAAGAGGAGGAAAAUGACUAAUGAUGGAGGUAAUAAACCUAAGAAGUCUUCAUUCCCUAAGUCUAAACCUAACAGUUUUAAGAGAGGUGGCAAGAGGGCCAAUCCCUCUUUCUAG